UCCUCUUCAUAUAGCUUGUCAAAAUGGAAUUGAUAGUACGGUACAACUGUCACUGAACAACAGUGCCGAAAUCAAUUUAUGUGAUGAGAAUGGAGACAGUCCUAUUCAUAUGGCUUGUCAAAAUGGACAUGGGAGCACGGUUCAACUUCUACUAAACAACGGUGCUGAAAUCAAUUUAUGUGAUAAUGAUGGAUUCAGUCCUCUUUCAAUAGCUUGUCAAAAUGGACAUGAUAGCACGGUACAAAUGUUACUGAACAACGGUGCCGACAUCAAUUUAUGUGAUAAUGAUGGAUUCAGUACUCUUUAUAUAGCUUGUCAAAAUGGACUUGAUAGCAUGGUACAACUGUUGCUGAACAAUGGUGCUGACACUAAUUUAUGUAACAAGAAUGGAGCCAGUCCUCUUUAUAUAGCUUGUCAAAAUGGACAUGAGAGCACGGUAGAAUUAUUACUGAACAACGGUGCCGACUUCAAUUUAUGUUAUGGUGAUGGAUUCAGUCCUCUUUAUGUAGCUUGUCAUAAUGGACAUGAUAGAACUGUACAACUGUUAGUGAACAACGGUGCCGACAUCAAUUUACGUAAUAAGAAUGGAGCCAGUCCUCUUUUUAUAGCUUGUCAAAAUGGACAUGAUAGCACGGUACAAUUGCUACUGAAAAACGGUGCAGAUAUCAAUUUAUGUUAUGGUGAUGGAUUAAGUCUAAAAGACUUGAUAGCACGUCACUAA